CCACAGCCACUAGAAGCAGCCGAAGCGGGAGCCGAAAGAAGUGUGGUGUCCACCGACAACAAAAAUAGCAGCGAUAUGACGCGGCUUAGUGACAGCGGCGUGCGGCGGCGGAAUGAGACGGUGUGCGGCGACGGAGAGCAGAGCCGCUCGUUUGAUUGGCCAUCGCGGUCGGAGGAUGAGGAGGACCACCCCAACAGCAGCAAGUGGGUGCGGACGGAAGGGCCGACGGCGCAAGAGCUGCUGUCGCUCUUUCGAGACGCGCGGGACUCUCCGUUUGAGUUCCUUCUGGGCGACGAGGAUUGCGCGGCACGCUUCCGCCGCAGCUGCUCUGUCUCGCUGAGCACGAGCAGCUUCGGCGUGUGUCUUGGCCGCGGCAACUACGGCUUUGUUGUUCCUGCCGUGCUCAGGACCGACACAGGCGAGGCAAAGGAGAACGCAAGGGACAAAAGCAGAAGCUUCUGUCGCAGCGAUGACAACGUCAUGCGUGGGACGGAGCCGCGUCCGGUGGUGGCCAUCAAGGUCAGUCGUCUCCAGGCAGCGUGGUCACUCGAUGAGGUGGUAUUCCUGCGCCGCGUCACGGAGCGUCGCCAGUCGCUGGAGCAGGAGGUGAAGGCACUGCAGGAGCAACUACAGGCAGCUGCCGGUGCAACGGAUGCGGUGGAACGUGGCCCACUGGAGGCGCAGUUGCAGGAUCGGAGCACGUUGUUAGGCGGAGCACGCCUUGUCUCAAGUCUCGUUGGUGAUGUGAUGUACGACGUCGCUCGCGAUGCGCUGCUGCUCCCACUUGAGUUCUACCCUUCCUCCCUAGGCGACUGCAUUCGGGCGCGGCGCAGGCGCAAUUCCAGCUCAUUUCCCACGUGUGGCAUGUUCACCGACACCCUGACGGGCGGCGGCAGUAGCAGCAGUCACUACAACAACAACAACAACAAUAACAGUGUUGGCGGCGGUAAUGAUGCUGUCAUCACCCAAUAUUUUUCCGUAGAGGAGGUGCGUCAUGUGGCGCGGAGCCUCUGCUACGCACUGCACUUCCUUCACACCGCCUGUUCCCUCUGUCACCUCGACGUGAAGGCGGAGAACAUUCUUCUUUCGCGAAUGUGGGGGCCGGAGGAGUGCGGCGCCACGAUGUCCACCUUCUCGCUAACUGCCUGCAGUGACAGUGACCCGCUACCGCAGGUGGUGCUUGGCGAUCUCGGUCUCGCGCAACCCCUCGGCACCCCAAUCCAGCAGCUCGGCGACUUCAGCACGAUGGCGCCGGAGGUGUACUGGGCGAGCGCGUGCAACAAUGUCAGCUACGCCGCCUACCGUACCCCCGUGUUCAGUGGAUCCAGUGAUAUAUGGAGCGUUGGCUGUGUCCUGCUGCAGAUGAUGAAUGGACUCGAGUAUGGGGCGUGGGGUGCGUCUCAUAUAUUCUCAGCGAUGGAGGAGAAUUUCGUCUCACCGGCGGUGUGUCACCCAGAGAUGUGGCCGAUGGAGCUGAACGA